AUGAAGGAUGGAUGGAAGGACUGGACCGGUGAUGACGGGAGUAAGGGUUGGGAUGGUCUUACUGGGAGUAAGGGCUGGAACGGUGUUGCUGGCAGUAAGGACUGGACCGGUGAUGACGGAAGUAAGGGUUGGGCUGGUGUUACUGGCAGUAAGGGGUUGCACCGGAAGGACUGGACCGGUGAUGAGGGGAGUAAGAAUUGGACCGGUGAUGCUUGCAGUAAGGGCUGGACCAGUGAUGCUGGCAGUAAGGACUGGACCGGAGAUGACGGGAGUAAGGGUUUGGCUGGUGUUACUGGCAGUAAGGGUUGGGCAGCUGAUGCUGGCAGUAAGGGUUGGACUGGUAAUGCUGGCAGUAAGGGUUGGGCUGGUGAUGCUGGCAGUAAGGACUGGACUGGUUAUGCUGGCAGUAAGGGUUGGACCGGUGAUGCUGGCAGUAAGGAUGGACCGGUGAUGCUGAAAGUAAGGGUUGGGCUGGUGAUGCUGGCAGUAAGGACUGGACCGGUGAUGCUAGCAGUAAGGGUUGGGAAGGACUGGACCGGUGAUGACGGGAGUAAGAAUUGGACCGGUGAUGCUGGCAGUAAAGGCUGGACCAGUGAUGCUGGAAGUAAGGACUGGACCGGAGAUGACGGGAGUAGGGGUUGGGAUGGUGUUACUGGCAGUAAGGGUCGGGCUGGUGAUGCUGGCACAAGGGUUGGUCUGGUGUUACUGGGAGUAAGGGUUGGACCGGUGAUGCUGGAAAUAAGGGUUGGGCUGGUGAUGCUGGCAGCAAGGGUUGGGCUGGUGUUACUGGGAGUAAGGGGUUGGACCGAUGAUGCUGGCAGUAAGGACUGGAACGGUGAUGACGGGAGUAAGGGUUGGGCUGAUCUUACUGGGAGUAAGAGCUUGACAGGUGAUGCUGGCAGGAAGGACUGGACCGGUGAUGACGGGAGUAAGAAUUGGACCGGUUAUGCUGGCAGUAAGGGUUGGACCGGUGAUGCUGGCAGUAAGCACUGGACCGGUGAUGCUGGAAGUAAGGGCUGGGCAGGUGAUGCUAACAGUAAGGACUGGACCAGUGAUGCUGGAAGUAAGGGUUGGACCGGUGAUGCUGGCAGUAAGGGAUGGGCCGGUGAUGCCGGAAAUAAAGGUUGGGCUGGUGAUGCUGGCAGUAAGGGAUGGGCUGGUGAUGCCGGAAAUAAGGGAUGGGCUGGUGAUGCUGGCAGUAAGGGUUGGGUUGGUGUUACUGGGAGUAAGGACUGGACCGGUGAUGCUGGCAGUAAGAGUUUGGCUGGUGUUAUUAGGACAAAGGGUUGGACUGGUGAUGCUGGCAGUAAGGACUGGACCGGUUAUGCUGGGAGUAUAAUUGGCCCGGAAAUGCUUGGAGUACAGAUUGGACCAGAGAUGCUGGCAGUACAGAUUGGACCGACUAUGCUGUCAGUAAGGAUUGGGCCGAUGAUGCUAGCAGUAGGGGAGACUGCACCGCUGCCGCUGAAUUAA